CCGAAUGUUUGCAGCGCCUUCAUCAGAGCCGCACCUCCUCACGCGCGCGUGCAUGCGUCUCACCCGAAGCCGGUUACCGGAGACAUGACGGACAACGAGCGCGCGGCGCGGUCGCUGCGACACUUACUGCAGACGGCGGGAAACGGCAGCUGCGCAGACUGCGGCGCGGACAAUCCAGAAUGGGGCUCUUGCUCUUUAGGUGUGUUCAUAUGUUUAGGCUGUUCUGGAAUCCACAGAAAUGUUCCCAGUAUUGGAAAGGUGAAAUCUCUGUUUCUGUCACGCUGGGAGGAUUCAGAGGUUCAGUUUAUGUCUGAACGUGGGAAUGAUGCCAUGAGGGUGAAAUAUGAGGCCACACUUCCUGUUUACUACUACAAACCUACCCACAGAGACUGCCAGGCUCUGAAGGAACAGUGGAUUCGUGCCAAGUAUGAGAGGGAGGAGUUCACAGAGGACAGCAAGAAGCUGAUAUAUGAGGACGAGAGAAAAGACGGCAUGCUAAUGAAGAGAGGACGGGACAACGGACAGUUUCUCAACAGACGAUUCGUCUUGUCUUUGACAGACGGCACAUUAAAGUAUUACACUAAACUCGAUGCUAAAGAACCGAAGGCAGCUGUAAAGGUGGACAGCAUGAACGCUUGUUUUCAGCCCAAUAAGAUCGGAAACCCCAACGGUCUGCAGAUCACUUACCUGAAAGACCAAGUCACACGAAACAUCUUUGUUUAUCAUGACAGCAGUAAGGAAAUAGUGGACUGGUUUAACUCCAUCCGAGCGGCUCAGCUGCAUUAUCUGAAGGUGGCGUUCCCCGGAGUCACAGAUGUUGAGCUGAAGCCCAAACUGACUCGCAGCUUUCUGAAGGAGGGAUACAUGGAGAAAACAGGCCCGCGGCAAAAAGAAGGCUUUAAGAAGCGCUGGUUCACUCUAGAUCACAGACGCCUGAUGUAUUUCAAAGAUCCGCUGGACGCGUUUGCUAAAGGCGAGGUGUUUCUGGGACACCGGGAUCACGGCUACCGCGUUAACAUCGGACUGCCGGCAGGAACUCAUUAUAACGGCAGCUGGCAGUACGCCAUCACCAUCCAAACCCCCGAGCGCAGCUUUCUCUUCACCUGUGAAACUGAUCUGGAGCAGAAGGAUUGGAUGAGACAUUUCAAUGAUGUCAUCAGCACUCCCAUGAGUCCUCAGGAGUACACCGUGGAGGCGUAUUUCAAACACAAGCACUGAGGGACCCACCGGCUCACACACUGGUCAUCUGAUGAGAGCUCAGCACACAUCAUCUCUAGUGUUUGUGUUGUUUAACACUACCCUCAGGUUAUAUGUCUGACUGUAUCAUGAACUCAAAUCCACAAGAUACUGUGGUGUAGUAUUACUAUAAUAUACUAUUUACUAUAGUAAACUGUUCUGUACUGUAGUAUAUUCUUUAUGUCUACAGUCAUCUGUGGUGUCAACUUUGAAUCUGUUGUGAUUACGACACAAACCCCACAGUAUCUGGGACUUUUACUGUACUUUAUACCACAGUAUUGUUUCAUGUGGACUGCUUUAUUUGGACAUGGUUUUAUAUACCAAACACAGUCGUACCGUACCACAGUUGUUUUUUAACAUGAUACCAUGAUAAUGUUUUUUAUUAUUUUCUGUAGUAAUACUCAAUUGCUAAAGCUAUGUUUGGAUUAUUAUAUUAAAGAAUAUUAUAGGUA